GGUCCAUACGGCUUCGAGGACGUAAUUGGAGCCUCAGGUGGCCUUUUGGGACUGGGGAUGCUACUUCUUAUUCCCUUUGUUUGGUCCGCGCCGUUGGCACUGAUGACUGGAGAACUGGCUUGCAUGAUUCCUCAGAGCGGAGGACACAUUUUAUGGGUGUAUCAUGCGUUUGGACCAUUCUGGUCUUUAUUCAACAGUGUAUUGACGUUUGGAUGCGGGGUGUUUGACAACGCGCUGUAUCCAGCCCUUUUCGUUGACUAUCUAAGCCACAUCGUAUAUGGUCCUUUUGGAGCAAUUCCCAUGCCAUAUUCGCUCAUUCUGAAAGCGACAAUGAUCGCCGUCACGACCGCACUCAACUUGAGCGGAGUCGACAUAGUGGGAAAAGCAUCGAUGGUGUUUGGGGUGUCUGUCAUCGCUCCUUUCGUUGCAAUGUUCUUCUUCGCUAUUCCCCAGCUGAAUCUGCAAUGGAUCAGCUUUCCAACACCCAAGCCUUUAAAUUGGCUAAAGUUACUCUCUGUGCUUCUUUGGAACACUUCAGGGUUUGAUUCCGCUGGAGCUUGUGCUGGUGAAGUGAAAGAUCCAGGAAGAUCAUAUCCUCUGGCGUUGCUGGUUUCUGUGGGACUGAUGCUUGUUACCUACAUCGUUCCAGCCUUAGUUGGCUUGAGUGUGGCGCCAUACUUCGAGCUGUGGAAAUUUGGCACCUUUACGGACAUAGCUGCACGUGUUGGAGGCCGUCCGUUAGAGAUUUGGCUGGGACUUGGAGGAGUCGCCAGCGCCUGUGGUCUUCUCUUAACUCGUCUGUGCAUGAGCUCGAGGCUUGUCUAUGGAAUGGCGGUGGCACAUAAGGCACCCCAGUUCUUUCAAUCUGUUGAAGGGAAACAUGGAACUCCUUGGGUUGCACUUGUUAUCACUGCUUUCUGCACUCUUCUGCUGUCCGGAUCCAAGUUUACACUUCUUGCUGAGGCGGAUAUGGUGUUGUACUGCAUUUCCUCAGCAUUGAAGUUUUCAGCUCUUAUUUACCUGAGAUUCACAGAACCAGAUGCCUACAGGCCUUUCCGCAUUCCUGUGGGUAAUCUACUGCUUGUCGGGCUUACGGCGAUUCCACUACUAGUGUGCUUUGCAAUGGUGGUCCUGGGUUCACCAUUCUCACAUCUCGUGGCUCUUUCCUGCCUUAUGAUUGCAAUCAUAACCCACGUUUGGCUUGAGGCCAUAGUCCCUUUUCUCAAACGGGCAGCGUCUGCUGCUGCAGUCAUUUAUUACGGGACGAAAGAGCACCUCACAAGAACCAGACAGCAAUGGAUGCGCUGCGUGCGGAGUCUGGGAGUCGUUAUUAGCAACACCGGCUCACGGCCCGUCGUGAGCCACUCCCGGCCUCUCACCUCCCUCGCCGACGCUCCCGCUCGUUAUGGCCAUCCCAGCAUGCUGGGAGCUUUCUCCGCUCGCUCCUCCGGCAUUGCGGCCGAGAUUCGUGCCAGGAAUGCCGCUCAAGGAUUCCGUUCCAUCUCUGUCGACGCAUUGAAGCCUAGCGACACUUUCCCCCGCCGUCACAACAGCAUCACCCCUCCAGAGGCCCAAGCCAUGGCCGAGUUCUGCGGCUUCGAAUCCGUCGAUGCUCUUGUCACCGCGACCGUUCCGAAGGACAUCAGACGCCAGCCGAUGCAGCUGGGGAAGUACACGGAAGGAUUCCCGGAGAACGAGAUGCUCGAGCGCUUUAAAGACAUGGCUUCUAAGAACAAGGUCCUCAAGUCAUUCAUCGGCAUGGGUUACCACGGAACCAUUGUCCCGCCGGUCAUUCUCCGUAACCUGCUCGAGAAUCCAGGCUGGUACACCCAGUACACUCCGUACCAGGCGGAAAUCGCCCAGGGACGUCUGGAAUCUCUCCUCAACUUCCAGACCUUGAUUACUGACCUCACGGCAAUGCCGAUGUCCAACGCGUCUCUGCUUGACGAGGGAACCGCAGCAGCUGAAGCCAUGGCGAUGUGUCUCAACAUCAACCGCGGGAAGAAGACCAAAUUCUACAUCUCCAACCUGUGCCACCCGCAGACCAUCGACGUGUGUCUGACACGCGCGGAUGGGCUUGGGAUUGAAGCCGUUGUCGGCGACCACACGAAAUUCGACUACUCCAAGAAGGACGUCUGCGGUGUGCUCGUGCAGUACCCUGCGACGGACGGCACCCUGAUCGACUACUCCGAUUUCGUUGUCAAGGCUCACGAAAACGGCGCGAAGGUCGUCAUGGCGACGGAUCUGCUCGCGUUGACGGUCGCCAGGCCGCCUGGCGAGCUCGGCGCGGAUAUGGUUGUCGGUUCGGCGCAGAGGUUCGGCGUGCCGAUGGGGUAUGGUGGUCCCCACGCGGCGUUCCUGGCCACGUCAGCGGAGUAUAAGCGGCUGAUGCCCGGGAGGAUUAUCGGAGUGAGCAUUGACGCGCAGGGGAAUCCGGCUCUGCGUAUGGCGAUGCAGACGAGGGAGCAGCACAUCAGGCGAGACAAGGCCACAAGCAACAUCUGCACGGCGCAGGCACUCCUCGCCAACAUGGCCGCGAUGUACGCCGUGUAUCACGGCCCCGCGGGUCUCAAGGACAUCGCGAACCGCGUGCACGGGCUCGCGGCGGUCUUCGCCAAGGGCGUCGAGAUGGCGGGCGCCGGCACCGUCGCUAAGGAGCCGUUCUUCGACACGGUCAAGGUGACCGUUGGCGGCGGCAAGGCUGCUGACGUGGCGGCCGCGGCGGUGAAGGAGGGGAUGAACCUGCGCGUGCUGGACGCUGACACGAUCACUGUUGCGUUCGACGAGACCAGCAGCAUUGCUGACGUGGACGCGCUCCUGAAGGCCGUGGCUGGCAAGCAGCCUGCCUUCACAGCGGAGUCCAUUGCAUCGCAGGUGGACGCAGCUCUGCCCAAGUCGCUGGAGAGGGACAGCGCCUUCCUCACUCACCCCAUCUUCAACACCUACCACUCAGAGCACGAGCUGCUGCGCUACCUGCACCGCCUGCAGGCGAAGGACCUGUCCCUCGUGCACUCCAUGAUCGCCCUGGGCUCGUGCACCAUGAAGCUCAACGCCACGGCCGAGAUGAUCCCCAUCACAUGGCCCGAGCUCGCAAACAUCCACCCCUUCGCUCCCCUCGACCAGACCAACGGUUACCAGGAGAUGUUCAACGACCUGGGCGCCAUGCUGGCGGAGAUUACUGGCUUUGACUCGGUUUCUCUGCAGCCCAACGCGGGUGCUGCUGGUGAAUACGCGGGUCUCAUGGCCAUCCGCGCGUACCACCAGUCCCGUGGCGACCACCACCGCAACGUGUGCAUCAUCCCAGUGUCAGCCCAUGGCACCAACCCAGCGAGUGCCGCCAUGUGUGGCAUGAAGAUCGUGGCGGUCGGCACAGACGACAAGGGCAACGUUAACAUUGCUGAGCUCAAGGCGGCCGCUGAGAAGCACAAGGACGACCUCGCUGCCCUCAUGAUCACGUACCCAUCGACCCACGGAGUGUACGAGGAGGGUGUGGACGAGAUCUGCCGCAUCAUCCACGCCAAUGGUGGCCAAGUGUACAUGGAUGGCGCCAACAUGAACGCACAGGUCGGCCUCACCAGCCCUGGCCACAUAGGAGCGGACGUGUGCCAUCUCAAUCUGCACAAGACCUUCUGCAUUCCCCACGGAGGUGGUGGUCCCGGCAUGGGCCCCAUUGGAGUCAAGGCACACCUUGCUCCCUUCCUGCCCUCCCACCCUGUGAUCCCGACUGGAGGCAUCCCCCCUCCCCCGCCCGGCUCAGUCGGCAAGCAGAUGGGCGCCAUUGCCGCUGCUCCCUGGGGCUCCGCUCUCAUCCUGCCCAUCUCCUUCAUGUACAUCGCCAUGAUGGGCGCCCAAGGGCUCACUGACGCUUCAAGACUCGCCAUCUUGAAUGCCAACUACAUGGCCAAGAGGCUGGAGAGCCACUACCCUGUGCUGUUCAGGGGAGCCAAUGGCACCUGCGCCCACGAGUUCAUCAUCGACCUCAGGGGAUUCAAGGGCACGGCGCACAUCGAGCCAGAGGAUGUGGCCAAGAGGCUGAUGGACUAUGGCUUCCAUGCCCCCACCAUGUCGUGGCCCGUGCCCGGCACCCUUAUGAUUGAACCCACCGAGUCUGAGAGCAAGGCCGAGCUGGACCGUUUCUGCGAUGCAAUGAUUGCAAUCCGGGAGGAGAUCCGAGCCAUCGAGGAUGGGAAGGAAGACAAGGCCAACAACACUCUCAAGAACGCACCCCACCCCGCCUCCGUGGUGAUUGCUGAUGAGUGGACCAAGCCCUACCCACGCGAGCAAGCAGCCUUCCCUGCUCCAUGGGUGCGAGCUGCCAAGUUCUGGCCCACUACAGGCCGCAUCGACAAUGUGUAUGGUGACCGUAACCUGGUGGCAGUUUUGCCACCUGCAGAUUCGGCAUAG